AUGAUCUGCCCUCGAUGGACACCUCGAGCGACAGCGACUCUCGCUAAUCUCGGCGACUGCUCGAGGCAAUGCUCCUCUCGCCAUGCUCUUCGUCCAAGCAAAGAAGCGGGUUCGAGGCCGAGACGCGGGUUCAGCACAAUUGGAGGGAGCAGUGGAGAUGGUAGCUCGGACUCACCACCUCGCGAAACAUUGCAAUUCUUGAAAAACGCUCAACGAACUCCUCCUCGUCACACAGCGGCGUCCACAUCGGCAUCUACCUCCAAUCCGCUGCCGAGACGGCGGACAUGGACACCAGCGGCAUCUUUAGCUGAUGCUGCCGGUCUGGAUCGGCGGCCGCGCAAUCAACCAAAAACUGGCGAAGCUCGACGACCUCGUGUGGGCGGAAGAGAUCAAGGCGGCAGCAGCGGCGGCGUGGAAGACGAGCCUCAGGAUACACCUCGCCUGGAGUGGCCACAGCUGCAGAGAAGAGCAAGAGGAGGGAAACAAUACGGGCAUGCAUGGGAUUCCGGCGUCACCACUCCAAAGAACCCCUUCUCUCGACGACAAAGCAUACAAAACCCACGAGGCACCAAGGAAUCGUCACUUGUCAUGCUCGUAAUAGACGGCAUGUCGCCCAACCUAAACGCUGCGGACUUUUACCGCAUAACGCCAAACGACCUCUCCGAUUGGCAGAGCGUCAUCAAGAAAGUCCAGCAGCAACGCAAGGUAGACACCCUCGAGCCCCUCGGCCGCUACUGGGUCACCUUUAGCUCAGGCGAGGCCGCCGCCUCCUACCGCGAUAGACUUGUUCGCCUGCACAAGCUCAACGGCUUCAAGCUCCGGUCCGCCAGUGGUUUAUGGGAAAGCAGCGUCCCGUCCUCCCUCAAAGUUUCUCUCGCAGCGCCAUCGGCGGCAGCAGCAGCGGCCGAAACUAGCGAUGCCCUGACCUCCGACACACGGAGCACAGAAACCCUAGUGGACCUUGUCAACACGUUUACCAUUGCGCCAGGCUCUCAAGCCUUACUGCCGAUACAGCGCAGAAAGGUUUCUCUUUUGCGGCCGUGGACGAAUCGCCUGGCAGGGCUAGUCGAAAACCUCGGGUACGGGGAGCGGCCCCCGACGCUGAUGGUGGACAUUUAUCCACCCACUUUGAGUGCCCAGGAGCUGCACCAGUUCAUCCGUCAAGAUGGGCAAAACCGAGGCCUCCGGUGGCAAGUCUCUCUGCCUCAGCAUCUCAAGACGAGCGGCUCGCAGCGAGGAUGGGCCAAGACGAAUAGGACGAGAGAGGGUAGUUGGAAUGACGAGGUGGAUGAGCUGGAGGGGGAAGACAAGCGGCGAAAUCCAUUCUUUUGGCGCAACGAUCGCGAGACAUUGGAAAAGCUCAAGGGUCGGUUCAUACUCGCGUGCGCCGAUGAGACAGAGGCACGGCGGUUUCAGCAGAGCUGGAAUCGUAGAACGCUCACAACACUGCAGCCGGAGCCGGCAAGGUACUUGGUUCAUGCAUCAAUAAUAAAGUGGUAG